GAGGGAGAGAGCUGGAGAGAGAGUUGAAAAGAGAGAGUAUGAGAGAGAAUGUGACAGAGAGAGUGAAAGAGAGAGAGAUGAAGAAAGAGCUGAAGGGAGAAAGAUGAAGAGAGUGAGAGAUAGAGAGAGUGAGAGAGAAAGAGAGAGAGAGAAAGGGAGGGAAGGCAUCACACUGCCUGUCAACCAGCCCUAGCCUGAGUGUCACACCACCUCGACGAGACAAAACAAGCCACCAUCAGCCUUGCUUAUACUCACACACACAUAAAUACACACACACGCACACACACACGCACAGAAUGCGGGGAGGCACACACACGCGCAGACACACACACGCUCUCGCGCUCCUACAGCCUCACGCCCUCUAACACCCUUCCCUCUGCGCGUCUGUGUGCCGGCAGAGGCAAGAGGCAGAGCCUCACUUCCACCUGCCGACGACAGCCGGGCGGUGAGGCUGCGCUCCCGCUACCUCCGCUAACCGUACCAGCCCCUGCUCCUCGCUCGCCCAGCGCGCGUCUCCGGCGGCGGAGAGAGCGAGAGAGCGAGAGAGCGAGAAGCGGGAGGAGCCAGCCGGCAGCAGCAGCAGGAGGAGGAGGAGGAGGAGAAAGAGGAGAAAGAGAGGGGGGAUGCCACACUCGUGAGUGGAACAAAGACAGCGGAGAGAGCACACCGCAACAAGCCCUCCUGCUCCACCGCUUUCCAGAGAGCAGCCGGCACAUGGACUGAGAGAGAGAGAGAGAGCGAGAGAGAGAGGGGGACCGGAGCGGACCGGACUGAACUGGGGGCAGGAGAGCUCGGAGGGAGGCACGUCCCGUGGACAGCACAAGCGUUCGUCUGCUCGGGUUCCUGGGUUCAGUACUUGGACAGCUCCCUGGCUCCCCGGCGAGCCGUGCGUGUGUGUGCGCGUACGUGCGCGUGUGAGUUCGCGCACGCGUGCCAGCCGAACGAGCGGAAUCUCGGGGGCUGCGGACCCUUCUCGUCUCGCCCCCCCUUCACCCCCCCGCGACCCCCCCUGUCCGGCGGGGGCACCGGGAGCGCCAUGGCCGGCCUGCAGGAAGGGGAGAAGCAGCUGUUCGAAAAGUUCUGGAGGGGGACGUUUAAAGCCGUGGCCUCACCGAGACCGGGGAGCGUCAUCGUCGCCAGCAUCACGGCCAGGAGGAACGUGACCAACGCCGAGGCUCCGGCCUGCCAGCCGCUCAAAGCUGAUCAAAGCCAAGCCGAGCCGGCAGAGGUGACGCCGGUCACCGCGGAGAGGAGCAGACGCAUCAAAGCCAGGGAACGCAAACGUGGCAGCCGCCGGCGAAUGCGCAGCCUGUCUUUUGAUGAUGAUCCCACCCCUCGGCCCGCGCCCAAGGGCAAGAAGAAGAAGAAGAAAUCAGAGAGAAAACGGAGGAGGAAAAGGUCUCCCUCGCGCAGCCUCUCUCCGGUGAGAAAAAAGAAGAAGAAGAAGAGCUCUAAGAAAAGAAAACGAAACAGGUCAGCCUCCAAAAAGAGAAGGCACAGCUCUUCAAGCAAAAGAAAGGAGUACAGAAAGCACAAGAAAAGGUCACGGAGUCACGCGCACCGGAGACGACGCCGCCGGCGGUCGGAGUCGGAGAGUUCCGCUUGGCGACGCUCCAGCGUCGACAGCAGGCAUCUGCGCAGGUCUGUGGAGCGCGCUCAGUCGGAGGGUCCAGACAGCCGUCCCGGCCUCAGACAGAACGGCCACGCGUCCCAGGACCGGACGGGGUUCGAGUGGCGACCAGUUACCAAGUCGGCCUGUACGACUCCUCCAAACUUCCACUCGACACCUUCCAAUGGCAGCAUUGCGCAGUCAGAUUCUGGAGGGGACAUUUUUACCAAAAAGGGAUUCCCCCACGACAUUCUGUCCGGUCCGAACAGGGGACGACAGGACUACGACUCCGGGAACGACACGUCUUCUCCGCCGUCAACCAAAACGAACUUGUCGAGGUCGAAGGUCAACGAAGACAAAAAGAGCCCGUGCGUAGGGUUGCCCUCCCCAGAAAAACUGAGAUUCACAGACGGCGACAACGCCUCAGAUUCAGGGAAUUCGGUCACCAGUUACUCCUCUCUGUGUAAACCGCUGCCCUCGGAAAAGGGUUCGGCAAACCACGUAAAUGGGAUCAGACAAAGCAUGCCGGCGACUGCAAGCAAUGGCGUGGCGUUGGGGAGGCUGAAGUUCGGGGCCCCCACCGGCCGGGGCCCCGCCCCUCCCCGCGAUCGCUCCAGGACGUACUCGCGGAGCAGCAGUCGGAGCCGGAGCCGGAGUCGGAGUCGAAGCGGAUCCUCCCGGAGCUCCAGACGCUCCCCCGGUUCCUCUCGCAGCCGAUCGCUGUCCUCAAGGAGGUCAUACUCCCAUUCGCCCAGCUAUGCAGCCAAAUCGAGAAGCAGGAGGAGCUCGGCCAGUAGGAGUUCCCAAAGGAGCUCCAGUUAUUCAAGAUACACCCCCAGCAGGUCCAGAGAGCCAGAGAGAGGGCACAAGAAGUACGGCUCCUGCGAGAAGCAGACGAGACGGGGCAAAGAAAGACACAGACGCAGGUCCUACUCUCCCAUGAGGAAGAGGAGGAGAGAUUCACCCAGUCACCUGGAGGCCCGGAGAAUCACCAGCGCCAGAAAGAGGCCCAUCCCCUACUACCGGCCCAGCCCCUCCUCCAGCAGCCGAUCCACCAGCUACUCCUCCUGGUGCAGCCUCUUCACCCGCAGUCGAACCCGGAGCCGGAGCUUGCUGUCCUCCUACCGCAGCUACAGUCGCAGCUCCUGGAGCACGCUCAGCGGGCGUAGCCGGAGCCGGAGCCGGAGCUACGACUCGGUUGGCAGCUACGGUCGUUCAAGGCGCUAAGCGAACGAACCCGGGUCGAGAUCGCGGCGGCUCAAUACAAGACAAAGCCCCGGGGUCCUAUACGGAUUUUUUGGGGUGCGGAUACAGGAUACGAGCGGUUCUGCGACUGACGGCUGAACUAGAAGACGUCUACAAGGGUUUCUAGAACCUUGAGCUUCUCGUCAAUUUAUUAUUAUUUUUGUGCUCCUUAAUAGGACAGCGACGUCGAUGUCAGGCGAAUGACUGUAGAUGAAGAAACAGAAUGUAUAAGUGUGCAUUUUCCACCCCCCUUGUACCCUGUCCAAUACCACCACUCGGUGGGUGUAAUGCUGGUUUGUUCCUCUUCAGUGAUAUUGAAGGUCCUUGGAUAGACUUGUAUUCUCUUUUAGCUGUUCCAGCACCAUUAUGGCACAUUUUCCUCUGUAGUUUCUCAUUGUAAAAAAAAAAAAAAAAACCCAAUUCUCUGGGUUUUCCCAGAUGAUCGUUGAUAUUCGUACUAUUGAAGUAAUGCUGUUUCAGCACUGCUGCGUUAACGCUAAAAUAACAAAGGGAAUACGUACAUUUCUACAAGCGUUUCAGGUCCCCCAGGGCCCAUCUCUGCAAAAGUAUCUACUGACCACGCUCUCAUAGAUUAUCACUAAAGUCACAUGGUGGACGAUACAAAUGGAUAUAAUUCUUAAAUGUUCAGGCAUUGCUUGGUACAUCCAGACAAGUAGUUCCUCUGGAUUUAUGUUUAAAAGAAAACCAUUUCAGGUUCCAUUUGAUGUUAUUUCAUGGUUAGUUUCGCAGCUGCUUUAAGUACGUACCUUCUGUACUGUAGUUCAGAAACACUCCCAACUCAGAUGUAAGAUCUAUGGUGUUUAAAACAUUCACCACGGACUCACCUUUGGCAAAUUCUCGAGAGGAGGAAGCCAGCUCUGUGCCAGAAUGGAUCAAGCUUUCCAUCAACUUUUGAUUGGAUUUAUUCAUUUAUUUAUUUAUUCAAACUAGGGAUCUUAAAGAGUGUGUUCAUUGCAUGGCCAGUGGGCAGUCUGUAGUUGUUUUUUUAAUACAGUGUGACCUCCAUAUCUGAGGAAAUGAAGAUAGCGUUGGGUUGAUGUGUGACUCAUUUUCUAUGUUUUAAAAUUUUUCUUUAUAGCAUGGCAUGCUACAUAUUUUUUUACAUUCAUUUACAUUCAUUUGUCAAUGGGAGUGAGUCAAAUGGAAAACAUUAGCAUCACCGUAUACCCAACCACAAUCUGUGCUUAAUAGGAGAUUUCUCCUCUUUGUUGAGGAAUUCCAGUUCACUGCCAACAUUACAGUAUAAAACCCAGCUGUUCCGCUCUUCAGUCCAUUGUUGUAAGUGUUGUAAGAGGCGCGAUGUAAGAUAGCAUCUCCCGUAAAACAGAUCAGGGCAGCGUGGGCGUGCAGUGCACAAGAACAGAACCGGAUUAUUUAAACUGAGGAAGGGCAGACCGUAUGAUCUUCGAACAGAACCGGAUUAUUUAAAUUGGGGAAGGGCAGACCGUAUGAUCUUCGAGCUGACGCUAUGACCCAUAGACGGACAGCGAGUCUGCCCCAAACCUCAAACCUCAUUGGCCUAGAUCUGUGUCGCAAGGUCAGCUUUUUGUUGUUGCCGUGCCAACCGACAUACUUUCUGUUGCAUCUCGUCACCUUUCGAGGUGGACCAGCGUCUCAAGUGACCAAAGCAGCCAGAAGAAUGGUUUUGUCAGUCGGACGGUCAUUCAAACAUUGCAUUCAUCUUACACAAAAGUCUCAGAUCAGGAAACCGUUUCUAAAACACAGAGCUUUAUUUAUUAUUCGGUUCAAUGUGUAUAUUGUGUAACUGCAGUGUUUACGAUAUUUAUUUGUCUAUUUAUUUGGAUAACCAAGAGACUGCAAAGAGCUAUGGAAACAAAGCCCCGUGUUUUUCAUUCUGCACUUUCGUUUACAUACUGAUUAGUAGGACGCUCUUCUUAAAGUUGUAUCUAGUCAAAGCUGUUUAGUAUUUGAAAGGUCCAUUGAACGUGGCUCAAAUGGGCUGCCGUCUCUCUUUUUGGAAUUUAUGAAGGGAAAAUUAAGUUAUGAAUCAGCUAUUUAAUGCAUAUUUAUUCAUGUAUUUAUUUUUGUGUAUUAUGUUUUUUUAUAAAUGUAUUUAUUUUGAUGUAUGACGUGUUUAGCACAACAGGAAUGACUGCUGAUUCAGUGAUACAUAAAUUGUGACCAAGUUUACAUAGACUUCACACAAGGAGACCUUUUCCUAUGGUACACUUUCUCCUCCUUAUGUGUUAAUAGCAUGAAUAUAAUUAUGAUUCUGUUCCUCCAUUACUGUGAAUGUUUCAAAAUAGCAUCAGGGGAGACCUGUUCUAACAAAAUAGUAAAAAAAAAAAAAAAUAUAUAUAUAUAUAUCCAGGGCGGUAUUUAUAGAGGAAAUUUACUUAAGGUGGUACUACUUUUCAACCCACAUUUCACAAUUGAUUUCAUUUUAAGUUCUAGAAAAAAAUAGAAACCAUUUAAAUACAAUUUGCAAAUUUAACUUUGAAACACACCUUAAUUUCAUUUUUUGAUGAAUUGCCCCUUUACACUUGAUAUAGUUGUUAUUUUAAGGCAUUUCUUAGGCGCUUCACUCCAAAAUUUAAUGGAACACUACAUACAACUACAGAAAGUGAACAGGAUUUGGUACUGGUGGAAAGACGUUACAAUUUAAAACUGUAUAUUUUUCCCAAAUUGUAAAAGAAAAGAUGAUACUAUGUUAAAAGAUGUAAAAACAAAAUCUUACUUUUACCAAGAUGUGUUCUCUAUGCAUUGUAUAUAUUAGGACGACAGGUAAGACUUGUCCCUGGUAUUGAUUUACAGUUUGUCAAGUAAUUUAUUUAGAGAAUUAGAAAGAAUGGAGAAUAACUGCAAAGAAAGCUAUAUUUCAAAGUACAAGUGAUAUGCUUUUUCAAGCGAGUUACCUUUUGUUUGCUUUUUGGUAUACGGUAUAAAAAUGUUGGAAUAUGAAUAUGUAUAUUUAAUGUUGUGUAAAUAAGCAUCAGUGUAACAAAAUGGAGGGAGGGUAUUUAUUUAAUUCAAUUGUGUGUGGCACUAUGGGAAAAAUAUGAACAUGUCAUUUCUGGCAGAUUCUUUUUUUUUUUUGUAUGUAGAUAAUUCCCCAUUUCAGUGGCUCAGCAAAUGUGUGCUUUCUAAUGUCAUUAAAAGAAAGAGGGAAUAGCAAGAGAUUUUCUUAGAAAAAAUCAUAUGUUGGUUUAGAUAAGAUUGUGUAUCCAUAAGUCACAAGACAAAUUGACACUGACUGUAUUUAAAAAGCCAUUUUCACACCCAGUGUGGUGUCACCAGAAUAACAGUGGAGAAAAUUUACUUGGGUUAAAAAAAAUGUUCGCUGAUAGUUUGCUUGCGCCAGUCAAUGCUUUGACAGAAAGCUCCUUCAGUUAGGGCUCUGCACCUGUCAUGGGGUCUUGUUUCUUCAAUGUUCUACUCCACAACUUUCAAAAUGGCGAUCAAGUUACUGCUCAUUUGUAGGCUAAUAGUGUGACUGACUGAAUGAUCAUCAGAGGAUCAUUCUACUGGAUUCAAUUUCAGGAUAUAAACUAUAUAACUAAUAAUUACAUAUGGGAAAUCUAUGAUUAAGAGCACAAAUAAAAUGGCUGAGAGACUUUUACAGUAUGUGGGGGUUGUUAAAUUGAUGCCUUGAUGUAUAAUUUACGCUUUGCUGUUAGUUAUUCUAAUAUUUACGGAAGUGUGCAUUCCCGAGCCAAUGCCUCUGAAAGUCAGCAUUUCAAUCAGCCAGUCAUGCAUGUGCUGUGUAAAAGACCGCAAAUAAAUUAUUAUUAUCACUAUUUUUUUAUAUAACUACUCAUUCGACGAUUAGACAGUGACUUGAUCGCCAUCUUGAGGCCGGAGGGAUAAAUGCAGGUGUGGAUCAGCGCGUGACUCAAAGAGGUCACAGCAAGCGCAAUCAGAAAACGGCCUUCUGAUUACAUUUAAUAGUGUCAUUGGAACCUAUCAAAAUGUGUGUGAACAUAAAUAUUUGGGGAAAUACUGAUACCUUUCUUAAGUGUGUGAUUUUGAGCUGAAUUUAUACCUGUGUACAUAAUGUGCCCAUCAAUCUCUCUAAAUCUUAAUCGUAAUCCAUAUGGAAUCCCCUUAAAUUUAGUCUUCCUCUUGGAUCUUGUGAGCCUGUAAAAAUCCUGAAUAAAAGCUGUUUAGAAAAAUCUA